CGCAUUUGCAAUACUUUUGGCCUCGUUUUGAGCACAUACAAAGCGUGGUGUUUCCAUAGCAACAUCCUGUUUAUCCUUUGCAUUCGCACUGUCAAGAUGGCAGAGGAGGAGAACACAUCAUUGCUACCAAUGGCCACUGAACCCAAAAAGCGAAGGGCCCCUAAAGCUCCAGAAUUUCCAAUUCUGGAAAGGAGGAACUGGCUCAUCCACUUGCACUACAUUAGAAAGGACUAUGAGACUUGCAAGGCGAUCAUUAAAGACCAGCUCCAGGAGAGCCAUGGCAUGUGUGAAUAUGCCAUAUAUGUUCAAGCACUAAUCUUACGCCUCGAGGGGCAGAUCCAGCAGUCCCUUGAGCUGUUCCAGAGCUGUUCCAUUCUCAAUCCCACCAGUCCUGACAACCUCAAACAAGUAGCCAGAUCACUGUUUCUGCUGGGUAAGCACAAGGCAGCCAUUGAGGUUUAUCAUGAAGCUGGACGUUUAAAUGACAAGGACUGGGAGGUCAACCACAAUCUGGGGGUUUGCUAUUCCUUCAUUAAAGACUUCCAAAACGCAGAAGAGAGGUUGAACUUGGCGCUGCAAUUGAAUAAACAUGACAAGACCUUCAUGAUGUUGGGAAAGGUCCACCUGCUAGCUGGUGACACAGACAAGGCCAUUGAGGUGUACAAGAAUGCAGUGGAGUACUGCCCUGAAAAUACUGACUUGCUGACAACUCUUGGACUGUUGUAUCUGCAACUUGGGAAAUACCAGAAAGCAUUUGAGCAUCUCGGAAACGCCCUGACCUAUGACCCGAACAACUACACUGCCAUCUUAGCUGCUGGUAGUAUGAUGCAGACCCACGGGGAUUUUGACGUAGCCAUGAACAAGUAUCGCGUGGCAGCCUACUCUGUGCCUGAGAGUCCUCCCCUCUGGAACAACAUUGGCAUGUGCUUCUUCGGCAAGAAGAAAUACGUUGCAGCCAUCAGCUGUCUGAAACGAGCCCACUACUUGUCUCCAUUCGACUGGAAGGUGCUUUACAACCUGGGUCUGGUGCACCUGACCAUGCAGCAGUACGCCUCUGCCUUUCAUUUCCUCAGCGCCGCCACAAACCUGCACCCACGCCUGGGAGAGCUCUACAUGCUGCUGGCUGUGGCUCUGACCAAUCUGGAUGAUGUGGAGAACGCCACACGGUCCUACGAGCAAGCGGUAGCUCUAGACCAGUCCAAUCCGUUGGUCAAUCUGAACUUUGCCAUCCUGCUCUACAAUCAUGGUGACAAGAAGGCAGCCUUGGAGCAGUACCAGGAAAUGGAAAGGAAGGUCAACCUCCUGAAAGACAGCAACACCGAUUUUGAUCCGGAGCUAAUGGACAUGGCUCAGAAGAUGGCGACUGCCCUGCAGGUGGGUGAGAGCGUGGUGUGGACCAAACCUGCCAAGGAUUCCAAGUCCAAGAAGACCUCUGGUUCUUCCGCCAAGGCACCCAGCUCCCAGCAGCCGCUAGGCACCAACCAGGCUCUGGGCCAGGCCAUGUCCUCCGCUGCUAGCUUCAACAAGAGCAUACAGCUUCCAACAGGAACCCCCCCCAAGCCCCCAUCCCUGCCCCUGGAGCCGGAGCCAGAUGUGGAGGCUGCCCCCAGCCCCCCCAGCCACACCCCCGGCUCCCCUGAUGCCGAAGAAGCCAAACCUCCCCCUAAAUCCAAAACUAGCAAGAGUAAGUCUAAGGUGGAAGUGAAUUAGUCAAGAUAGCCAACCUUCCUCUGUCACCACAGCUUUGCACUGUGAUAGCUCAUUAGCUACUGAAUGUUACUGAAGAGGCGCACAAAACUGAGGGAUUAUAUCAUGAGAAGUUAGUCAAAAGUCUUUAGGCAUAUGUCGGUACUGAAGUCGGUACAUGUGAGGCUGUUUUCUCUAUACAAUACAUUUUACAAAUUGGAAAAGUACGUUGCAGACCAAAGCCUGGCAGCUCAAAGAGGUUUCACAAAACAUUUUGAGACGUUUUUUUUUGACGAUAUCCAUCACCACGCUGUCAACUACAGUAUGAAGUAUUACUUUUCCAAAGAGUAGCUAAAGUAGGUUGUCAUUCAUCACUUGACUUUCUUCUUUCAAUAUCUUAACAUGACAAUCAUAAGUAAGAUGAGGACAUGUAAGAGGAUUAUAUUCUACAGGCAGCUGCUCAAUGUUUGAUGUGAAUAGUACUGCUUUCCUCUUGCUUUUAUGUAUGGGCAGUUUUAUGUAGAUAUGUAUUUAUGUAGAGAAAUAAAGUAUUAAGAUGAUUCACAUCUUAAUUAAUUUAUAGCCAC